AUGGCUGUUGAUGUCAAGGACAAGGGUGCUCUUGGAUGCGCCUACUACAGGACUUCUGAGGAUACUAUCUAUCUACUACGCGACGCGCCCGGCACCGGUUUGCUUACUUUCAUCAACUUUCUCAUGGUUCAUGUUGAGCCGACGGUGGUUGUGUUACCUCUGAAGAUGCCCGAUGAGGUGGUUCGUUUCUUCGAAGAGCACAACAUCGUUGCCCGUGAAGACGAUCCCGGAACUGAGCGCUACCUCCUGCGAACUGUCGGCUCGAAUGAGUUCAACCACCAGGCCUCCAUCGAUAAGUUGAUAGACUUGCCACCUAUUUGUUCGGGGCCAAUUGUGGUGAACACUGCUACCGGUCGCUCGCCGAAUGACGUCGCGCAAGGUGAGUGUCGAAAUAUCAAGCUCAUGCGCCUUGGCUCAUUCGUCGACCUCGAUUGCUUUUCAUCAAUUGGGUGUGCCGGGGCCGUUUUGGGUGAAAUCGCUCGCAUUGGCAACGCUGCUGAUGGUCUGUUAAGGGUGCCGGUAGCCUCGAUUCAGAUGUUUGCCCUUUCGGAUUCUAUGCUGGUUACCGAUGAAACGAUUUCUUCGCUCCAAGUUUUCCAAUCCGAACUUUAUCCGAACAGGUUGAUGUCCGGCUUGGCCACAGCGGGCUCCUGCUCAAAAGAGAGCCUGUCAGUUUAUGGUCUGUUUCAUCCCUUCGCAAGCACUCCUCAAGGGAAGGUCAAACUGCGGCAAAUGUUCUUGCGCCCUUCACUCAAUCUUGACACGAUCCGUGAGAGGCAGAAAACUGUCACGGUCCUGCUUCAGUCCGACAAUGCAGAGGCACUCGAGAGUGUGUGCGGAGCCCUGAAGAAGAUUCAGGAUGUACGAAGGCCUCUGGAACAGUUACGAAGAGGAGCAGAUAUCCCAACCGUAAAAGCCAUUGGCCGUGGUGUUUGGUGGUCUUUGACUCGAUUUUCGAUUGCUGUUCUUCAACUUCGAGAUGCCAUGCUGCAGUUGCAACACGCGCAUGGCCUUGCUUGCGUACAACAGGUUCUUUCUAUUAUUCCCGCUCGUGUUAUCAAAGGCGUCGCUGAUAAAGUCGACUCUAUUAUCGAUUUUGACGAAGUCAAGGCUAGCUCGAGGAUUGCAGUGAAGCCCCAUGUCAACGUGCAGCUUGACAAACUAAAGCAUGACUAUCAGGGCUUGGAUUCCCUUCUGAACGAUAUACGCAAAUCAAUGUCACAAGAACUCCCUGAAUGGGCUCGGCCAUAUGUCACUGGCUGCGUCUUUUGGCCACAGCUUGGCUUUUUCACGGUGGUCUCUCUUCGCCAAGAUGGCACACCCGCGUACAUGGGACAGGAGCUUUAUGAUGACAGAUGGGAAGUUAUGUUCAUCACCGGGGGUAGCGUCUAUUUCAAGAACCGCCGCAUGGCAGAACUGGACGCUCAACUAGGUGACCCCUAUUCGGGAAUCGUAGACCUAGAGAUACAGAUUCUUCACGACCUCGCCUGCGAGGUUCUUCAACAUGCCCCCGUCCUAAAUCACGCCGCGGAUGCGUGUGGCGACUUCGACUGUUUGGUGGCUUUAGCACGGGGGGCUCGGAAGUAUGGUUGGACGGCUCCAACGAUGACAACCGACAAUGUUAUAUCCAUCCAGGGCGGACGCCACCCGCUUCAAGAACUGGCCGUACAUUCAUUCAUCGCAAAUGAUUGCAUGCUGGAGGGGGGUUGCGGUGACCCUCGAGGUCACCAUGGCGAAACUACGACACUCGUCAUUACUGGGCCCAAUCAUUCUGGCAAGAGCGUCUGCAUCAAACAAGUCGCUCUUAUUGUCUACCUAGCCCAUAUUGGAAGCUUCAUCCCGGCAAGUUUUGCUACGAUAGGAAUUACGGAUCAGAUUCUCACUCGCAUCUCGACGCGGGAGAGCGUGUCACAGAAGGAAAGCGCUUUUGGGACUGACUUGAGACAAGGAGCCUUUGUCAUGCGGCAUGCUACUCGCCGGAGUCUCGUCGUGAUUGACGAGUUCGGUAAGGGCACUACGGCCGACGAUGGAGCCGGGCUUAUGGCAGGACUCAUUGACCACUUCACUGCGCUCGGUACCGAUGCGCCUAAGGUACUCAUAACUACGCAUUGUCAUGAGAUUUUCGAAGGCGGAUACCUGCGAGACCGGCCAGGUCUAACCUUUGCUUAUAUGGACGUGCGUCUCGACCUAGCUGCCCCAAUAGACGACCAGGUAGUUUUCCUUUACGACCUUCGUCUUGGAAGAAGCACAUCUAGCUUCGGUAGCAAUUGCGCGGCAAUCAAUGGGGUCAGCAAAGCCGUAGUUGAGCGAGCGGAAGCGAUUAUACUGUUGUUGGCGCGAAACGAAGAUCUUGGGGCAGCGUGUGCCAAAUUGGAUGACGAGGAUCUGGCACGUCUCCUAGAGGCCGAGGCAGUCGCCAGGAACUUCAUUCAGCUGGCUAUGGGCGAUAAAGUCGAGGCUCCAAGGGAGUAG